AUGAAAGCGACACAUAAUCCAUGCCAUAACAUGAAUAUGACUCAAUGCAGCUUUCAGGUUGAGAAUGAAUCCGGGAUCAUUGUAAGUCCCAACUAUCCCGACAGGUAUCCUUCUUUGGCCGACUGUAAUUGGACUAUCACGGUGUCUUCCAAGCAUUCCAUUCGUCUGGAAUUUGAAUCUUUCGAUAUUGAGAGCACAGAUCAAUGCAGUUUUGACAAAUUAAUUGUACGCGAUGGGUCCGGUUGUAUUGAUCCAGUUCUGGCUACUCUCUGUGGAGAUGAGCUACCAGCACCGAUUGUGACAAGCGGACCGAGCGUUUACAUUCAAUUUCUCAGCAGUUCAUUUGUUCAAGCAAACGGAUUUAAGAUACGAUUCGAACAAGUCCCACGGACGCUGCAAAAUGCCUCAACCGAUUCUAACUGUGGAGGUUAUCUGAUCGAGGAACAGGGAAUAAUCACCACUCCCAAUUAUCCCAAUAUCUACCCGAAAAAUGUUGAAUGUAUAUGGAAAAUCAGUGCACCGGAAGAUCGACGAAUCAGUUUGAAGUUUGAUGACUUCAACCUUUAUUCCGAUUGUUUUCUGGCGCAUGUGGACAUAUACGACGGACUCAACUGUUCAUCUCGCAUUUUACGUCACUGUGGUCUCCGAUCACCGGGCCCAAUAGAAUCGACCGGUUCCGAGCUGAUGGUUGUGUUUCGUUCCAGCGGGCCAAGCACGCUUAGAGGGUUCCGAGCGACCUACGUUGUAUGGAUGUCAGGAUUUAACCGCACACUAUGGCGGGCCGAUGUUGGGUAG